AAUGGUCCACUCUCCAUUAAAGCUUUUGUGAAGUUACAAAAAGCUGAUAUAUAUGCCAAAAAUCGGAGUGUUCCACCAUCAUUGUUUCGCAAUGAGAAAAGCUCGCAUGCAUUGAUGGCUUUGAUGGAAACCCUAAAUUCCCAGUGGUUUGAUUUUCCUGAUAAGUGUUUUGUGGAGGAGUUCGUUCAUAACACAAUGUUCAGGCUUGCUACUUCUUUAUGGGUUUUGGCCUCUUCCUUCUUGCUUUAUCUUUUCAGGUUCAUAGCCAGAUUCAUAGUCAGGUUGGGGGACGCGGAUGAGAGUUCACGGAAGAAUGAUUCUGAAGAAGAAGAAAAUGAAAUUGCUGGCGCAGAUUCCAAGGUUUUGGAACCGGAAGGGUUUCAACCUCGGACUGGUGAGAAAGAGAACGCUGGUUUCCUGGAAAAUUCGCCUAAGCCAAGCACUAGCAAGUACCAGAUCACGCCUUGCAAGGAUUUAAGUGGAUUCAUAGAAGAGCCAAAAACUAUAAGUUUCACUGUUCAUCAGUUGUGUGUGGGUUCAAAUGAUUCCCCGAUUUUUGAUGUUGGAAAUCAUGAAGCUCCCGUUUCUGCGCAUCAGGAAUUUUCCGCGAGUUCAGAUGAUGAUGAUGAUUUUCAGGGAUUUGAUUCUGAAGCAGAGGCCGUUGUUCUUGGAAGAACAGAGGACUCUGUUGAAAUCUCAUGUAGACAAAGUACUCCAGAGAAACCAGAACAAGCCGUUCCUACUGAAGAUGAAGUUGGAUUGCUUUCUUUGAAUCGAGAAUUAUCCGUGAGUUCAGAUGAUGGUUUCGGGGGCGAUGAUCAAAUGAUCAACCGAGCCUCCGGAGAUGAAGAUUUUCCGGAAUUUGACUCAGAAGCAGAGGAUGUUGUUCUUGAAAAAACAGAGGACCCAGUUGAAAUCUCAUGUAGGGAAAAUGUAGAACAAGCCAUCCCUACUGAAACUGACGAUGGAUUGCUUUCGGAUAAUCAGUCUUUGCUUUUGGAUGCAGAGAUUGAGUUUCGUAAUUCCGUUGAAAGGGCCUCAAUGGAAGUUCACAAUCCCAGCCCUUCUGAAGAGAAAGAGAUCGAAUUUUCAGAGAAAAUCCCAAAUUCAGAAGAAUUUGGUGAUACCAGGAUUGUUAGUACUGAUGAAGAGUACAUAGAUUUGGAGCCCAAUUUGCAAUUUUCCAGCCAUCGUGAUGAAAAUUUUCUCAGGAAAGAGUUGUUACACGAACAGGACAAUUUACAGAGGAUAGAAACAGAGCCGGUGUACAGUUUCGAAGGAUUUAAAGAACCAAAUUUCCAGAAGAAAAAUUCAUGGGCUUCAGGUUGGAAGGAUGAUGAUUAUGAUGAUGAGUUUGAUAUUCUGUUGAAGCAUCAAGAUUUGAUUGAGCAGAUGAAAAUGGAGAUAAAAAAUGCCAGAGCCAAAGGGCUUCCCACCAUCUUAGAGGAAUGUGAGACCCCCAAAAUGGUGGAAGAUCUGAAGCCACUGAAGAUUGAUGAAAAGUUUGAGCAUAAAGACUUCAUGGAAGAGAUCCAAAAGGUCUACAAGAGCUACUCAGAGAAGAUGAGGAAACUGGACAUCUUGAAUUACCAAACUCUCCAUGCAAUUAGCUUCCUCCAGUGGAAGGAUCCGGCUCAGCAACCGGGCCAAAGAUCAUCGGUUUCUGCAGUGAAAUCGGUUCUCUUCCCCAGCCUCUGGCCGUGCAAACUAAGAAGGAUCUAUGCUGAUCCAACACUAAAGUCCAUCACUGAAUUGCACAGAAAAUUGGAAGCGGUUUACGUUGGACAAGCCUGCCUUUCAUGGGAAAUCCUCCAUUGGCAGUAUGAGAAGGCAACAGAGCUACUAGAACAUGAUCGAGGCGAUCGUCCGUACAGCCAAGUGGCCGGUGAAUUCCAACAGUUUCAAGUUCUUAUGCAGAGAUUUGUGGAGAAUGAGCCGUUCCAAGGUCCCAGAGUUCAGAACUAUGCCAAGAAUCGUUGCGAGCUUCGAACUCUGCUUCAGAUACCAGCUCUUCGAGAUGAUUGCUUGAAGGAUGCUGGAGUUGAUGGAGUAACCAUGGUGUCAAUCGCGAUGCUGGCUGAAAUCAUCGACGAAUCAAUGCGUGUCUUCUGGGAAUUCCUUCGCCCAGACAGAGACGAGUCCAACCUGAUCUUCAAGGCGUUUCCAGCAACUCAUGUCGAUCUACGAAAUCCAUCAGAUUCUCAGCUGCUCAUUGACAUCAAAACCAGUCUCCAGAAGAAGGAGAAAAGGCUCAAGGACACACUGAGAAGUGGGAACUGCAUAGUGAAGAAGUUCCAGAAGCAUCCAGAAGAAAAACGAAUCGAUCGAGAGCUGUUGAUUGCACAGAUUGAACUGAAACUGGUGGCCAGAGUACUAAGCCUAUCAAGGCUGACAACGGAUCAGCUAGUAUGGUGCCAGAAGAAGCUCAAAAAGAUUAACUUCUUCGGCAGAAAAGUUCAUGUAGAAUCUUCAUUCUUGCUCUUCCCUUUCCAGGAUUUCUAGCUCUUUUUCCCACUACACCACUUUUCAACUUCCCAGUAGAUACAUGCUGUUGAAAGAGGGAAGAAUUAUACAAAACGUACAAACCUCACUUGUUAUAGCAAUACAGCCCAAUGUUCUAAAAAUAAUUAUAAACAUUUAAAACAUUAUAUGCUCAUCGCUAAAUAAUUUCACUA